AUGAAAGUUUCUAUCACUUUCCUUAUCUUGGGCUUAUCCAUCCUGCUUCUUGAGGCUAACCCAGGAAUCAAAGUGAAAAUCACACAAAAAGCAUUGGACUAUGGUAAUCAAUUUGGAGUAGAGCUUCUGAAGCAGAAAUUAAAAGAAAAAACCUUUGAAGACUGGAAUGGAGACUCUACAUAUGGUUUUUUUGCACUCAAGUACGCAAUUUCAAAGAUAAGAAUUAAUAACAUGGAAUUCCCCAAUACAUCCUUGUCUCUCAUCUCUGGAACUGGGAUUAAACUAUUAGUUGAAAAUGCUUCAGCAAUUGCCACUGCGGAUUGGAGCGUGGAGACCUGGCUAUUCAAAGAUUCUGGAAGUGGGGCUGUCUUCAUUUCAGGAGUAAACAUCACAGCAAUCGUAAAAGUGUCUCAGAAUGUAUUCGGUCAUUUAAAAUUGUUGCUUGAGAGCUGUAAAGGAAAUGUAGAUGAUGUGGACAUCACAUUGAAUCAAUCUUAUAGAUGGUUGUAUACACACUCAACUGCUUCUCUGUUGUGUCCGCAAAUGAAUUUUGUGAUCCAACAGAUUAAUAAAGACUUCAGCCAAUAUCCAGUCCAAACUCAGAUUGGUAACUUUGCAGUAAUAGACUAUUCCCUGAUAAACUCUUCAACUAUCUUGGAAACAUCAAUUAACUUGGAUUUAAAGGGAACAGUCUAUCCAGUGGAAGAAAUCACAGAGCCCCACUUCAAGCCAACUCCCUUUGUUCUAAAUGAGAACAACUCUAUGUUCUAUAUAGGAAUCUCAGAAUAUUUUUUGCAGUCUGCUUCACUAGCUUACUACACUUCUGGUGCUUUUACUAUCUCUGCUGAGCAAGAGGAAAUGCUUUCUUCUUAUUUCAACUUAACCACAGAUGCAUUGGAGAGCAUCAUUCCUACUAUAGCUCAUAUUUAUGCAAAGCCACUUCCAGUAAUUAUGAACAUAAGAAUCAUUGAUGCACCUGUGAUUAGCCUGCAUGACAAUAAAUCUAUUCUGGAGUUUUCUGCUUCUAUGGAAGUAUUGGCAAAGAUGCCAAACUCAACCACCGAAUCCAUGUUCACCUUGAAUAUAGCUUCACUUCUGGAUAAUUUCUUGUCUUACAUUUUACGAACUGGAAUAAUUCCAGCAGCCAAUUUUAAACUAAAGGAUGAAUUUCCUCUGUCUGUCUUGGACCCAGUGAUUCUUAUGAAGCCGAGUAUUAGAAUGUAUGAGGGUUUCUUGCUGAUUUCCAGUGACAUUCAAAGCCUACGAAAACGAGGAACGUCUCGAUCUCCAAGCAAACAUUGA